GGCGCCUCCGAACGUCGGCGGGCUGCUCGGCGAUUGGCUGAGAGCGAGGCGGGGCGUGUCUGAAGGUUCCAGCGCCGGGGCAUGGGGCCGCGCUCGGGGCGCGUGGGUUGAGUCUGCUCCGAGCUGCGGCGGCCCCAGGCGCGCCGGGAGCCCGACCACGUUAUACCAAGCAAGCAACCGCCCCCGCCAUGGCUCACUUAACCGGUGUCAAUGGAGAGCUCCCCAGUGCUGAACUCUGGGUGUCCCAUAACGAGAUGGUCAUGGAGCCACUUGAUACCAGUGACCCGGAGGUGUACAACCUCAUCAAGAAAGAGAAGCGGCGCCAGAGGCUUGGGUUGGAGCUGAUUGCGUCCGAGAACUUUGCAAGCCGAGCGGUUCUGGAGGCCCUGGGCUCCUGCAUGAACAAUAAAUACUCGGAGGGGUACCCAGGACAGAGGUACUACGGCGGGACGGAGUUUGUGGAUGAGCUGGAGAUCCUCUGCCAGAAGAGAGCGCUGGAGGCUUACGGGCUGGACCCACAGAAAUGGGGGGUCAAUGUCCAGCCAUACUCAGGCUCCCCCGCUAACUUUGCGGUGUACACGGCCCUGGUGGAGCCCCAUGGCAGGAUCAUGGGUCUGGACUUGCCUGACGGGGGGCACCUGACACAUGGCUUCAUGACGGACAAGAAGAAAAUCUCGGCUACCUCGAUCUUCUUUGAAUCCAUGCCUUACAAGGUCAAUCCCAACACUGGCUAUAUUGACUACGACCGGCUGGAGGAGAACGCCCGCUUGUUCCAUCCAAAGUUGAUCAUAGCAGGCGUCAGCUGUUACUCGCGUAACCUGGACUACGCCCGCAUGCGGAAGAUCGCGGACGAGAACGGGGCUUACCUCCUGGCCGACAUGGCCCACAUCAGCGGCCUGGUGGCAGCCGGCGUGGUGCCGUCGCCGUUUGAACACUGUGACGUUGUGUCGACCACGACGCACAAGACGCUGAGAGGCUGCCGGGCCGGCAUGAUCUUCUAUCGGAAAGGAGCUCGCAGCGUGGAUCCCAAGACUGGCAAGGAAACUCCAUACAACCUGGAGAGCCUCAUCAACCAGGCCGUCUUCCCAGGGCUUCAGGGAGGGCCUCACAACCAUGCCAUUGCCGGAAUCGCUGUCACUUUGAAGCAAGCCAUGACCCCGGAAUUCAAAGCCUAUCAACGGCAGGUUGUUGCAAACUGCCAGGCACUGUCUGCCGCUAUGAUCGCACUGGGCUACCAUGUCGUCACUGGUGGCUCGGACAACCACUUGAUCCUCGUGGACCUGCGCAACAGAGGGACGGAUGGCGGGAGAGCCGAGCGGGUGCUGGAAGUCUGUUCCAUUGCCUGUAACAAGAACACCUGUCCUGGUGACAAGAGUGCCUUGCGCCCAAGCGGCCUGAGGCUUGGGACACCAGCUUUGACCUCCAGGGCAUUCCGGGAAGAGGACUUCCAAAAAGUAGCUCAUUUCAUCCACAAAGGGAUAGAGCUGACGCUGAGGAUUCAGAACGACAUGAGCCCCAAAGCGACGCUGAAGGAAUUCAAGGAGAGGCUGGUGAGCGAUGAGAAGUACCAGGCGGCUCUCAAGUCUCUCAAAGAGGAGGUGGAGACCUUUGCUGCUGCCUUCCCGCUCCCUGGCCUGCCUGUCCUUUAAAACAAGGCAGCAGCUGCACCCAAUCCAGAGCUACCGGAGAGCUCUGGGGAAGCAAACAGGGAUUGCGGUGCAUCCACGUCCACUAGGAAAGCCUCUGUUGCCAUCUGACAAGCAAAGAGACCUGAGAGAAACCGGUCACUUCCCCUCCCCCCCACACUUCUGUUAACCUCCUCCUCUCCUCUUUGUGAUUUGUUCUCACAAGGCAGAUGGCUUUUUAAAAGUUAAUUUUUUUACCCGCCUCUCCCCCUAGGCUACCCCUGUAGGGCACUGCCCCAGGCUUGUGGGCAUGACCCAGGGGCUGGUAAGCCUCCGUUUAGGAAACGGUUUCUUUUCUAGUAACUGAACGGUGCAGCACUUAAUUCUUUUGAAAGGAUUGAAAUUGGCACCUGAUUUUUAAUACAUCAACUGCACUUUUAAUGAGGACAAACAGGGUAGCUCUAAAGUCCAAUUACUGACAGAUCUGCAAAGGUGCUGAUGUGCCCCCCACCCACACAGUGGGGUUAAGGGGGGCUGCAGAUGCUCAACUUAUAGCUAGCAUAUUUCCAAACUACUGAUUACUGGAAUGCAUGAACAGGCCUUGCUCUGAGCCAGGGAUCUAGGCCAUAUUUUAAAGAGAUUCUCAGCAACAUAAGCUGUUAUAUUCAGAUUUCCUAUAGGAGCCACUUAACAUACAGUCAUAUUUUGUAUUUAAAGGUUGCAGUAGGAAAGCAUCAGACUUUACUACCUUAAAACAUGUCUUGCUAGUUUCAGAAUAGCAAAUUCACAAUCCCACUCUCCAUGGGAGAGUAACUCUGACAAGCAGGUUUCCAUUGUAAUCGUGAUUGGCAAACAUACUAGUCCAGAUGCAAUUUUGCAAGACUGAGCUACUGAAAGAAACACAUUUCUGGUGCUUUUCUAACUCCAAAGCACACACCACAGACUCCCCCUAUUAAUCCACGUUCCGAAUGAGGUCAGUAUUUCAAGCCAGCACGUCCAGACAGUUUUUCAGAUAUCUGAGCCCAAAGCUUAGUUAGGACCAUUUUUUAAUAAGCACAGUCAAAUUAGAAUUUAACCACAAUGUAUGACAAGAAUAAGCUUUAAAAAAUACAACCAACUUUUUUUGUAUUUCAAAAAUAUCUGAACCCAAAUAAAUAAUUCUUUUAAAAGUA